AUGACUUCUUCAGAUGUACCCAGCACUUCGGAGUUGACUCCCUAUGACUUGGCUGCGCGAGGACGCGAAGUCACCGGUAUUUCUAUAUACAAAGACACCAACGAUGAUAUCAACAUGGAAACAGUACAUGAUCUCAUAUCCGAAAUGCAUUCGGAUGUUCCUCAAGGCGGAACAGACAUUGUUUACGGAAAAAGAGAAGCUCAACGCCUUCGUCUCUGGAAACCGACUUCAAGUGCCACAAAGAGUCCUGUCAUUGUGUAUGUCCACGGUGGGAGUUGGACAAUCGGUACUUAUCUCGAUUCAACUGGCUCAAAGAAAGUCAGCUACUUGAACGACCUUGGCUACGCCUUUGCAUCAAUCAACUUCACGCUCAUCCCGGAAAUUACUGUUAAGGAGCAGGUGCAAGAGAUUGCUGACUCGGUGGCAUACCUGAUCAAGCAUGCUGAAGAGCUCAACAUUGAUCCAGAGAGGGUAGUUCUCAUGGGCCAUAGCUCAGGAGCACAUGUCGUUACAUUACUAGGCACCGACCCAAGCUAUGCUCAAAAAGCCGGAUUCAGCAUCGACGUUCUAAAAGGCGUCAUCGCUCUCGACGGGUCAAACUACAACGCUCUAGCAGAAUUCUCCGAUAGUACAGGACCCAUCAUCACCAACAUGAUCAAAGGGCUCAGCGAUGACCCGGAGCGAUUGCAGGACAUGUCGCCGACGCAUCAUGCAGCUGCACCGAACGCUGGAGCUUUUUUGCUGUUGCAUUGUCAGAGGAAGGGAGGGAUUCGUCAGGCGGCUGAGUUGGCUGUGGCGUUGAAGGCGGCGGGGACGGAUGUUGAGUUGCGUGUUUUCGAGGGGGAAGGGUUUGAAGGGCAUGUUGCGAUGUUGUUGAGGCUGGGGGAUGGGACUUACCCUGCGACGGGGGUGAUGGAGGAUUGGUUGAGGAAAUAUGUUCCGGUGUAA